AUGGCUGACGAAGUGGUGACUACUGAGAGAGGUUUGUUUUUUGGCUGCAGACUGGCUCAGCGAAUACUGAUGUUUCUUGGUAUUCAUAGUCUUUUCUACAAUUUGUUGAGUUUCCUGGACAGAACGUUGAGGUCCUGGACUUCCACAGCAUGGAUCACCAGCUGGCUGCCCUCCUGGUGCCCCACCUCCCAGAACCAGCUCAAGACUGCAGAGGACAAGAUGCUGCAAUGCAUCACAGGCAAGGUGUCCCAGCAGUAUGUCCCAAUCUCGGAUGGUAAAAUGCUGUGGACCCUCACAUUGAACGGAAAUAUGAAGGACCAGACUCCCCUGGUGCUGCUGCAUGGCUUCGGUGGAGGGGUGGGCCUGUGGGCCCUCAACCUAGACGCCCUGGCCCAACAGAGGCCCGUCUAUGCCUUUGACCUGUUGGGCUUCGGCCAGAGCAGCAGGCCCUACUUCAGCUCCGACGCCGAGGAGGCUGAGGCCCAGUUUGUGGACUCCAUCGAGCAGUGGAGAGCUAAAGUCGGCCUGGAGACCAUGAUCAUGCUGGGCCAUAACUUUGGAGGUUAUUUGGCAGCUGCGUAUUCGCUCAAGUACCCCACCAGGGUGAAGCACAUGGUGCUGGUUGAGCCGUGGGGCUUACCUGAGCGUCCAGACCCAGAAGACCAGGACAGGCCCAUCCCCGUGUGGAUCAAAGCCCUGGGAGCCAUGCUGAGCCCUUUCAACCCCCUGGCAGGGCUACGUCUGGUGGGUCCACUGGGUCCCACACUUGUUUCAACUCUAAGACCGGACUUCAAGAAGAAAUACUUGUCCAUGUUCAAAGACAACACGGUCACAGAGUAUAUCUAUCACCUGAACGUCCAGACUCCCAGUGGUGAGACAGCCUUCAAGAACAUGACCAUCCCAUACGGGUGGGCGAAGAGGCCUAUGCUUCAGAGGAUUGGCCUGCUCCACGCUGACACCCCUAUUACUGUGAUAUAUGGGUCACGCUCCAGCAUCGACGGUAACUCUGGCAACGCUAUCAAAGGAAUGAGGCCAAACUCUCAUGUGGAGAUCAUAGCUAUCAGAGGGGCGGGUCACUACGUCUUUGCUGACCAGCCAGAGGACUUCAACCACAGAGUGCUUCAGGUGUGUAACGCGCUGGGCUGAGGUGGGGAAACAGGGCACUAGUUAACCUGCAGAGAGCGACAUGUUAUACCUGUCAUGCCCAUAGCUUGUCCUCUGUGAGCACGUGAUCCAUAGGGAUAGAGAGGAGAGGACUGGACAUACGGCUCAGUAGGGCUUCUUUUUAACACUAAGGUCCUCACUAGUAGGCCUACCACCACCAGCACAGCAGGCCUACUAACUAGGGAAGGAACCCGUGUUGGAAAGAUGAUUCUCCUGGAUUAUUUGGUUUGACUCUGUUGUAUUCAUACUACUGACUAAAGAGAAUGGCUCAGAGUUUUUACGGCUUGUUGUGGAUUUUGGCCAUUUUGUGUGUGUGUGUCAGCUUUAAUCUGCUGUUAUGAGAAAUGUGAUUUUCAGAACGAUACAGACUAUAAUUUGACCAAUCGUGGAUUAUUCUAAUUCUGUCAGAAAGAUCCUUCAUGAGAUUAUUUAGAAAUGUUUCAUUUACGUCAUAACAGCUCAUGUAGAUAUGAUCACGGACCGUAGAGAUUUAAUUUGUGUAGAAUUGAUAUGAAUACACAUGAUUGUGGAACUUUUAGACCUCUGGUUUUGCUGAUAUCCCCAUGACAACUGAAGUGCCUUUUUAAUGACCUAGGAUGUGACCAGGGACUACGGUCACUGCUGCUGCUUUUUGGUCUUAGCUUUUUAUACGUCCCAUUUGUGUCCUUUUGCAGUGGUCGUUUUCACUUCAAGAUUUUAUAAUUAUGUUCUCAUUCAUACAGUGUUUUGGCUCUUGUUGUGGUCUAGUGUUGAAAUAAUCCAGUUAUUAAAGUUAGCGUGUGCAGGUGAAGGAAAGGUUUCAGAAACAAAGUAUCAGAAUUGAGUAAUUUAAAGAUCACUACCUCAUUCUCCUCAGCUGCCAUUGUGGAAAAAAGCUUCUGCCUCAAUAAAUCCCAUGAAUUCAUUGCUACAGUAUUUUAUAGUAUUUCUAGUCACCUAUCCAGGGUAUUUGUCUGGAAAAGCACAGUAUCUAGGCCUAAGGUCAGUUAGCAUAGCUAUAGCAGCUUGUCAGCUUAUUUCAUAUAGGCUACAUCUUCGGCUAAUAUCUCUGUGUGUGUCGUUGCAGAUUGGGUGGGUUGCUUAUAAUUUUAUAGCCACUUUACCCAGUGCAACCUUUUCUCUAAAUCACCUUUUACUAGAUUUGCUGAGCCCAAGGAUGAGGUUUGAUUAACUUCCAAACAUGUGGAUAUCUUUGUAUUAUUGUCCAUCAUAUCAUUGUACGUCUCCAAUCACAACCCAAUUACCGUGGAGAAGAAAGGAUGCUUGUUCUCUCUAUUCAUGUAUUGUAAAAUACCUGUAAAUAAUAAAGAUAUAUUAUGAUUUU